UACAAUAAUUAUAAAAUCAAAAGGAAAUCCCACGAAGGAACUAUUAUAUACUUAUAAAUUAAUGUAAAUUUCUUUUUUUUUUUUAAUAAAGUUUUAAUGUUUUAAUGAAGUUGUUAAUUUCGCAACUUACAUAAUAGCUAUUUUUUUUUUUGUAAUCUAUCUAUUCUAGAGAUUUCCGAGAAUAUGUAGAAUGUCAUUGUUUAUAAAAAAUAAGCUAAUAAAUUACAAUUUUACAUAGUUUUUUUGGAAAUUGAUCAGUGUACGAAUACUUUCUACAUCCACUGUAUAUGUAUAUUAACAUUAGCUCUAAGUCUCCAUCCACAAAGGGUUAAAAGGUUCUCCACUUAAGUGGAAAUUGUUCACAGAUCAAAAAACUGUGAAUCAAUUGCUUCAAUUUUCGCUCGAAGCAAUUGUGACCUUUUUGGAGCCCUGCAACAAUAGUACGAAUAUUAUUAAAAAUUAUCGCGGUAACUUCUACGAAUUAGAACGUAAAUAAAGAUGCACGCCUACCUGGGUUUUCCGCGGAUAUGCUUAUCAGCAAAAUCAAGAAUGAUAAGACACCACAAACGGCGCUUUAUCUGUAGGUGCAGAACAAUUAACAUCUUACCGGUUCAAAGAAUGAAAUAUAUGAAAUAUAUCAUCCUUAUUUAUCGUAAUAACGAAUCGUUUCUUCAUGCACAUACGUAUACAUUUCUUAAAAUGUAAAAUUUAGGGAAGCGAAUAAAAAUGACAAGAAACGAACUCCAAAUAAAAGAGGAUUCUGUUUUACAAGAGGAUUGAAUAAAUUUAGAAUGUAAUACUUUGCGUUAAAUAUUACAGCUGCGGAAACACAGUCGUGCACUUCGUAACGAUAUCGUUAUUGAUUUCAAUAUUGGUUCAGCAGUUAACCAUAACUGUUAAUAAUUGUAACGAUUCAUAAUCAUAAAUAUUAUAAUAAUCAUACGAUUUAAAGAAUUCUUCGGCAAGUUUGAUGAAUGCACGCAUUUUACCCGCCUUUUCCGUUCGAUUCGCCACGGUGGUACGCGUGAUUCGAUGCUGCGAUUCAAAUAAAUGUUGUUAGCCGUCCACAGAACGUUCUCUUCAUCUGUAUUUAGUAAUUUUGUUCAAUGAACAAUCAAUAACAUGAGUGAAGAUAAUUACGACGAACUUCGAAGAAAAAAUAUAGCCGAAAGAAAUGCCUUCUUUGCUGAAGUUUUUAAGGACUUUAAAAAACAAACAAAUGAGAUAGAAGGACUGUCAAAGAAGUAUAAAAGCACGGAUAAUUUAGAGAAUGAACCACCGAAAAAAAGACGAAGAACUGUUUCUGGAGCUAUUUAUGAUGAUAACUUUAAAAUUAACCGCGUGCAACUCGGAUUCCGUAGAAAAUACAAUACUAGGAGCAGAGUGAAAAAUUUAAGCAAAGACGACUCGAAUACCUCGAAGAAUGAGGAGGAGAAGGAGAAUGAUGAUGAUUUAGACAAACCUAGACGUAAUAGAUCUAAACUACAGGUUUUGUUCUCUUGGGCAAAACCAAUGCAACGGUCAAUUGAUCUAAUGAAUAUGGGAGUUUGUGAUGUAGACCAAGAAGAAGAGCAAUACAGUGAUGAUGAUGACGAUGAUGAUGGUGAUGAUGAUGAUGAUGAUGAUGAUUCUUUUAAUUAUACUAAGAAAAAGAGGGUUUACAAAGUAUCAAAGACUCCAUAUGACCCAAACAACAUACCUUCCGUUGAUGAAAUUACAGAUAAGAUGCUGAACAAUGUAGCAGAGAAAAGUUCUUUAAAAACAUAUUCUAGCAUUAAUGGUACUAGCUGUCAUCAGUGCAGACAGAAAACUUUAGAUACAAAAACAGUAUGCAGAUCAGGAGAAUGUGUUGGAGUCAGGGGACAAUUUUGUGGACCUUGUUUAAGAGGAAGAUACGGUGAAAGUGCUGUUGAAGCAUUAAAAGACCCUAACUGGGCUUGUCCUCCCUGCCGUGGUUUGUGCAACUGCAGCAUAUGUAGAACAAGAAGCGGUUUGCGUCCUACCGGAAUUUUAGCUCCUGUAGUGCAGGAGGAAGGAUAUUCGUCUGUAAUGGACUACCUCAACUCCACUGAUAUUGACAAAACAUGAUUCCAAUCUUUCAUAAUAUAUUACCAAUUGAAACAAUUGAAUAGAGACAAAAUGAUUUGUACAACUACAUGAAUGUAACAUUUAUAUUAAUUGAAUAGCAAAUGAUUUUUUAUCUCUUUCUUCUGCAUUUCGAUGUUAUUUUAUUGCGAUGAUACCAUAAUGUCUUGGUGACAAAACAGGAUCAAAUAAACGUAAAAUAGCAAGUUUUGAA